UGUUUUUAUAGUUUUGAAACCACACCCAUUCUGAAGCUUGGCCUUUUUACAGAGACCAAGUUCUUUGGUGAUAAAAUCUACAGUAGUAGGCAGAAUACUACUCAGUGCGGACUUGCUGCUUCCUUGUAGUCCAGACUUUGGCACGGGAUUUUUGAGAAGUUUGGCCAUAUUGAACUUGAAAUCUCCUGGACUAGUAUCUACUCUCAGGUGACAGGACCAGCGUAACCAGAUCUAAAGCAUAGAAAGCAACAACUUCUGUUGUUCAAAGAUGGAAAAUAAUACAACUACCAUUUCGCGGGAAGAGUUGGAAGAACUUCAAGAAGCAUUCAAUAAAAUAGAUAUUGACAACAGUGGCUAUGUUAGUGACUAUGAGCUUCAGGACCUCUUUAAGGAAGCCAGGCUUCCCCUUCCUGGCUACAAGGUGCGAGAGAUUGUGGAGAAGAUUCUAGCAGUGGCUGACCACAACAAAGAUGGCAAAAUAAACUUUGAAGAGUUUGUAUCAUUAAUGCAGGAGUUAAAAAGCAAAGACAUCAGCAAAACAUUCAGAAAAAUCAUCAACAAGAGAGAAGGAAUUACUGCCAUCGGAGGAACCUCCGCCAUCUCCAGUGAGGGGACACAACAUUCUUAUGCAGAGGAAGAAAAAGUGGCUUUUGUUAACUGGAUAAACAAAGCCCUGGAGAAUGACCCUGACUGCAAGCAUCUAAUCCCUAUGGAUCCCACGGAUAACAGUCUUUUUAAAUCACUUGCAGAUGGCAUCCUUCUUUGCAAAAUGAUCAACUUAUCUGAACCAGAUACAAUUGAUGAAAGAGCCAUUAAUAAGAAGAAACUCACACCUUUCACUAUUUCUGAAAACUUAAAUCUUGCAUUGAAUUCAGCAUCAGCCAUCGGCUGUACUGUAGUCAAUAUUGGAGCCCAAGAUCUGAAGGAAGGAAAACCUCACUUGGUUUUGGGACUUCUAUGGCAGAUCAUUAAAGUUGGUCUUUUUGCUGAUAUUGAGAUUUCCAGGAAUGAAGCCCUGAUUGCCUUACUAAAUGAGCGAGAAGAACUAGAAGAACUCAUGAAACUUUCUCCAGAAGAACUCUUGCUCCGAUGGGUGAACUUUCAUCUGACUAAUGCAGGAUGGCAAAAAAUCAGCAACUUCAGUCAGGAUAUUAAGGAUUCCAGGGCCUACUUUCAUCUGCUUAAUCAGAUUGCCCCCAAAGGAGACAGAGAUGACAAACUUUCUAUUACCAUUGAUCUUUCAGGAUUUAAUGAGAAAAAUGAUCUGAAGAGAGCUGACCUGAUGCUUCAAGAAGCUGACAAACUGGGCUGUAGGCAAUUUGUUUCUCCUGCAGAUGUGGUUUCUGGAAAUCCUAAACUUAAUUUAGCUUUCGUAGCAAAUCUGUUUAAUACGUACCCAUGUCUGCACAAGCCUGAGAAUAACGACAUUGAUAUAAAUUUGUUAGAAGGAGAAAGCAAAGAAGAGAGAACAUUCCGGAACUGGAUGAAUUCUUUGGGUGUCACUCCAUAUAUUAAUCACUUGUACAGUGACCUUGCUGAUGGUUUAGUGAUCUUUCAGCUGUAUGAAAUGACCCGAGUCCCAGUAGAAUGGGGCCGUGUCAACAAACCUCCUUAUCCUGCACUUGGGGGUAACAUGAAAAAGCUUGAAAAUUGUAACUAUGCAGUGGAACUUGGAAAGAAUAAGGCCAAAUUCUCCUUGGUUGGGAUUGGUGGGCAGGACUUACAUGAAGGAAAUCCUACUCUUACCCUGGCAUUGCUAUGGCAGCUGAUGAGAAGGUACACACUGAAUGUAUUAUCAGAUCUUGGAGAAGGUGAAAAAGUAACUGAUGAAAUUAUUAUUAAAUGGGUGAAUCAAACUCUUAAAGAGGCAAAUAAAAAAACUUCAAUUUCCAGCUUCAAGGAUAAAUCUAUUAGCACGAGUUUACCUGUAUUAGAUUUAAUAGAUGCCAUCGCACCAAAUGCAAUUCGCAAAGAAAUGGUCAAGAGAGAAAACCUGUCCGAUGAAGACAAGCUGAAUAAUGCUAAAUAUGCCAUUUCGGUUGCUCGAAAGAUUGGUGCCCGGAUAUAUGCCCUACCGGACGACCUGGUAGAAGUGAAGCCAAAGAUGGUUAUGACAGUGUUUGCAUGUUUAAUGGGGAAAGGACUGAACAAAAUAAAAUAAUGAGAUGUGUAAUUAAUAUCCUGCCAUGUUAAACAUAUUGAAUGCCUCACAGUUUACAGAAUUCUGAAGUUUAGUGGGUAUAAAACCAGAGAUUAUUUGUAUGCACAAUGGUUAUAUAUUCAUUAAUGAUAUUUAGUAUCUUCUUUAUACUAGUUAGAAUUUGUCAGCCUUUUUAGAUAAUAUGAUUAAUUUAGUAAUUAAUUCUGAUAGUAGAAAGUGUUCAUUACCAACCUCAGAUUUUUGUCAUUGAAUUAUUUUCUUUUUUCUAAAAUACCAUUAAAUCAUGACUGGUUUGUUUUCUUUCAUAGUGUAAAAAAGAUCAACCAACUCAAUACAUUAUUUCAGGUCCUGCUGGGGAAAACAAGCUUUGAUUUUUGUGUUAUUUAACUUUAAUCACAAAUAUAUUUAAAGUCACGCUCUAGAAUUCAGCCUUUUCAUUUUUUCUUUCAAAUAUGCAAUAUGAUCAGCAAACUAGCCUUGUCCUGUAAAUUUCUAUAGUAUCUAAAAUUGAAAGUGACAAAUAUUGUUCAUUAAUAUUAAACUUUUUAUAUGAGAA